AUGGCCGUUAUUAUUGUAGUAUUGCCGAAACAUCUGACACUAAAAUCCUUCGACAAGAAAGAGACAAUUGCCAAAAAAGGAACCGCCGCUCAGAAAGUGAAGAAAUUCAUAGAAAUUGUAAAAAAUUCUGACCAUUUUUCUGUUCAUAACGUCUUUAUUUUUUUUACCUUUUCGCCUUUCUUUGUCUUUCUUUAUUUCUUUCCGUCUUUCUUUUUUCUUUCUUUCUUUGUUUAUUAUUCUUUAUUUAUUUUCUUUCUAUCUUUGUUUCUUUAUAUCUUUCUUUUUCUUUAUUUCUGUUUGUCUUUUUUCUUUCUUUCUUUCUUUCUUUCAUUCAUUCUUUAUUUUUCUUUCUUUGUUUCGUUCUUUUUUCUUUCCUUUUUCUUUCUUUUUCGUUCUUUAUUUCUUUCCGUCUUUCUUCUUUUCUAUCUUUCUUCCUACCUUUUUUCUUUCAUUCUUUCUUAA